GGCGACGUUCAUGAUUCAACCGUGUAUUGUGAGGUCAUUGUUGAACAUGUGUGCAUCCCUGAAUGGUUGGUCAGGAUUGCUGACCAGCUCGUUACUCAGCUCAACCUCACUCUCACGAGAGAGAGAGAGAGGGAUGGGUCAUGAACACUCCAAAUUGUCAGAACCAAAGGGAUCGCGUCGUGCUCGCUUCAAAGAGCGUUUGCGUCGUCACCUUCACCGUCGUCAAAGCGGCAACGGCUCUUCCGCUAACAAGCCACUAACUGCCGAUAGCUUCGCCGGAAUCGCUCUCCUCGCUCUCCUUAGCGCGGAGAUGGAGUUCAAAGAUAAAUGGAUUGCGUGCGUUUCUCUAGGAGAACAGACUUUUCGUACGAACACCUCUGAUAGCACAGACAAACCAGUUUGGAACUCAGAAAAGAAACUUCUUUUGGAACAGAAUGGGGCUCAUGUUGCAAGAAUUUCCGUCUUCGAGACGAACAAACUGUCCAGCAAUACUCUUGUUGGAUACUGUGAGGUUGAUCUACUUGAAUUUCUGACCAAGGAUUCUGAUUCCGAGGCUGAGGUAUUUAACCUUUUAGAUCCGUCAGUUCCUGGAAAAGUGGUUGGCAAGAUUUCCAUUUCAUGCUCUGUAGAGGAUCCAAUUGAAACGGAGAAAGGCUUUGUUAAACGCAUUCUAUCUAUAGUGGACUACAAUGAAGAUGGAAUGCUUUCACUUUCUGAAUUUUCUGAUCUAAUUGAUGCUUUUGGCAAUCAAGUUGCAAACAGCAAGAAAGAAGAGCUCUUCAAAGCAGCAGACAAGAAUGGAGAUGGUGUUGUGAGCAUGGAAGAGUUGGCUUCACUUCUUACAUUUCAACAAGAACAGGAACCAUUAUUGAAUUGCUGUCCUGUGUGUGGUGAGGUUCUUCAGAUUUCUGACCGGUUGAACAGCAUGAUCCACUUAACUCUUUGUUUUGAUGAAGGGACUGGUAACCAGGUGAUGACUGGAGGGUUCUUGACAGAUAAGCAGGCUUCUUAUGGGUGGUUCUUCAAACUGAGCGAAUGGGCCCAUUUCUCGUCCUAUGAUGUUGGAAUUCGAUCUGGAUCAAGUGCAUCCCAUAUCCUGGUUUAUGAUCGGAAGUCUCAAAGGCUUGUUGAAGAAAUAAUUGACAAAAAGAUUGUUUUGUCAAUGAGAGCCAUUUAUCAGUCAAAAAUAGGCCUUGGCCUAAUGGAUAUAGGGGUGAAGGAGCUCUUGCAAAACAUUUCUGAAAAGCAGGGAGCACGAAUGGAUUCACCUGAAUCUUCUGCAGAUAUUCCAAAAUUUAUUGAAUCUUUUAAGGAUCAAAUCAAUUUGGCUGAGGUCAAGUAUCCACUGGAACAAUUUAAGACAUUCAAUGAAUUUUUCAUUAGAGAGUUAAAGCCUGGUUCUAGACCAAUUGCUUCUGCUGAACGUGAUGACAUUGCUGUAUGUGCUGCUGAUUGCCGUCUUUCGGCAUUUAAAUCAGUUGAUGAUAGUAAAAGAUUCUGGAUCAAGGGUCGAAAGUUUUCAGUUCAAGGUCUUUUGGGGAAAGAUAUGUGUUCGAGUGCUUUUGUUGAUGGAACAAUGGUGGUUUUCCGUUUGGCACCACAGGAUUAUCACCGUUUCCACUUUCCAGUAUCAGGAACUGUUGAACAGUUCGUAGAUAUCCCUGGAUGCUUGUAUACUGUCAAUCCUAUUGCUGUAAAUAGCAAGUACUGUAAUGUUUUCACGGAGAACAAGAGAGUUGUUUCAAUAAUUUCAACAGUAGAUUUUGGAAAGGUGGCAUUUGUUGCAAUAGGAGCGACAAUGGUUGGUAGCAUUACUUUUACAAAGAAAAAGGGCGACUCUGUCAAGAAGGGAGAUGAGUUUGGAUAUUUCUCAUUCGGUGGGAGCACUGUCAUUUGCGUAUUUGAAAAGGAUUCAAUUGCAAUCGAUGAAGAUCUUCUGGCGAAUAGCAACAGAUCACUCGAGACCUUGGUUUCUGUAGGGAUGAGAUUGGGCGCCUCCACGAGAAAAUUGUCUUGACAUUGGAUUGAUUUGGAAAUGAUGAAAUAGAAUAAUAAUGAGAGUUCUUCUCNCAAUUUGUAAAGUAAAUCUUUCACAACCUCAUGAUUUCGUGUAGAUUGAUCUAGAUAGAAACAUCUGGGAUAAGUUCGGCCUUGUAGAGAUCCAUUCUUCAUAUAAAGAGUAAUAAGCAUGGACAAAUUUAUCAAGCA